AGUCCAUCCAAACAACCCGAUCCACUUUCCUCCCAUUCAGCAACCAAUUCUACGACUCCCAUCAUCUUCGCGACGGCGACAUGAACCCCGAGCCAAUCCAACUGACGAAAUUUAAGCAUCUCCAGCGGGUUGCGUGAGAUUAUUCUACACUGCAACCUCGCAUGGUCCUCCAAGCUUAAAAGAUUCAACAUUCAACCUUGAUAGCUCCCAGAGGAGAAGAAUAGAGUGAUUCUUGAGCCGGACGUCGCAAUGGCGUCUCGCCCGCUUCAGCUCGCGGCCGCGCCCCUGCUGCUGCUGCUGUUGGUGGUCCCGGCCGCGCGGUCCAGCCGCGUCUUCUCGGUGACCGACUACGGCGCGGCGGGCGACGGGUCGCGCUACGACACGGCGGCGAUCCAGGCCGCCGUGGACGCCUGCGCGGCGGCGGGUGGGGGCCGCGUCCUCCUCCCGGCGCCCGGGGACUACCUGACGGCGACAGUCCACCUCCGCUCGGGCGUGGUGCUGGAUGUGGCCCCCGGCGCGCGGCUGCUGGGCGGGACCAGGCAGGCGGACUACCCGCCCGAGUCGCGCCGGUGGUACGUCGUGCUUGCCGAGAACACCACCAGCGCGGGCGUCACGGGGGGCGGCGAGAUCAACGGCCAGGGCGGGGCGUUCGUGGUCACGCCCAGCGAGAAGAAGAACAUCAUGGUGAGCUGGAACGCCACCGGGGACUGCGAGGGCGACGAGUGCCGGCCGCGGCUCGUCGGCUUCAUCGACUCCAAGGACGUCAGGAUCCACGACAUCACACUCAACCAGCCCGCCUACUGGUGUCUUCAUCUUGUUAGGUGUGACAAUUCGGUGAUUCGCAAUGUGUCCAUAUUUGGGGAUUUUAACACUCCCAACAAUGAUGGCAUUGACAUUGAAGAUUCGAACAACACAGUCAUCACGGAUUGUCACAUAGACACUGGAGAUGAUGCGAUAUGCCCAAAGUCAACCACAGGGCCUGUUCACAACUUGACGGCAACAAACUGUUGGAUCCGUACUAAAUCUUGUGCCAUCAAGUUUGGAAGUGCAAGCACCUUCGACUUCAAGAGGCUGAUUUUUGACACCAUUACAAUAGUUGAUUCACAUCGAGGACUUGGAAUGCAGAUACGGGAUGGAGGUAAUGUGAGUGAUGUGGUGUUUUCAAACAUCAAAAUGAGCACCAGGUAUUACCAUCCUUCGUGGUGGGGGAGAGCUGAACCGAUCUACAUCACAACCUGCCCAAGGCAUCCAGAUUCCAAAGAAGGCACCAUUUCAGACAUAAAUUUCAUCAACAUCUCAUCGGUAUCAGAAAACGGUGUUUUCUUGGCUGGAUCGAAGCACGGACUGCUCCGCAACCUGAAGUUCAGGAACGUCGACCUGACCUACAAGAGAUGGACAAACUACACCGGAGGACUGUACGAUUACAGGCCUGGAUGCCAGGAGAUGGUGAAGCACAGGACCGGUGGCAUGAUGCUGGAGCACAUCUCUGGCCUGGACAUCGAUAAUGUGAGGAUGAGAUGGGCGAGAGGAAGCCUGAAAGGCUGGGACGUCAACCCUCUCCUCUUCCGGCCCUCGACCAUCGACAAGCUGGCAUUCCAUGAGUGGCAGUCCGUGGAUGUUCAGUGAAUCUGGAUGCUGCAGUUCCACUACGUGCAUCUGUAUCACGAUGAAUAAGGGGUGGUUCUUUUUGUGAAAUGUGUUAAUAAAAGAGGUCCCAACAGUGUUUAAUCUUC